AAUUUUAUAUUUGACUGGUAUAUAUACAGGACAGUUGUCUACUGUUAAAUACUGUUAAUUUUGACCAGCAUAAUCAGGUGGUUGACUAACUAACUGAGUCAGUCUCCACAGUGUUAGUAGAAACAGGAGUGUCAGUGCGGCUUACCUCCCCAAUAUAUUUUUUCACGAGAUGCCUUACUUAAUGUCUUAACUAUUACCCAUACUAAACCACUAAACCACUAAACCACAACCAAUAUGGCAGAAGCACGUGGCAGAGGAGGUUACCGAGGUAAAAGCAAUCGAUACGUUGACCGUCGAGAGGCCAAAUCGGCCGAGAUCAAAAAGUCCUUAACCCAUCGAGCUCGUUUAAGAAAGAGUUACUUCAAAUUGCUUGCAAAGGAAGGAGGAGAAGAAGAGGUUACUGGUAGAGAUAGAAGUGAAGAUAAUGAAGAGACUAAACGUAUAAAAGGAGAAGAAAAGGAACCUAAGCGAUUCUCAUAUGCUGAGAGAGCACAAAUAGUGAAAGAAAGAAAAGAACAUAAACGAAAGGAAGAGUUGGAAAGAGUUAGAGAGAAGAGACGGUAUAUUGAAAAGAGAGCUAAGGAUAGAGAAUUAAAGAAGGAAAGAGUUACUCAAACCACACGAAAGGGUCAACCACUUAUGGGGCCUCGGAUAACGAAUCUUUUGGAUAAGAUACGAAAGGAUAUGCAAUAGUUGUUAGUAUAGUUAGUAGG